AUCAUGACCAAAAUGCUUCCUCUCUUUUCUAGCUUGUUCAUGUUCAUGUGUGUGAUUCAAACUGAGCUUCAGGAUACUUUCUUAUUUGAAGUUAUCAACGAAAAUAUCUCUAUCAUCUUUCUUCUGUGUCAUUAGAGCCCAGCAAUUUCAACAGUUUGGACACAAUGGACGGUAACCUCUUUGUUGCCGCUCGUAUAGGGGAUGUGGAGACCCUGCGCAAUUUGCUGCCAGAAAAUAAUAAUCCAGCAGCCUUACCACAGAGCUCCAAGUGGACGCCCUUACAUAUAGCUUGCUUGUCUGGGAAAGUGGAUUUCGCCCGGGAGUUUUUGAGACGGCGUCCACAGUUUCUUAAACAUGAGAAUCCUGAUGGUUGUACGGCUUUACACUUGGCUUCUUCCAUUGGGGAUCUACAGAUGGUCAUGUUGCUGCUGACAUUUGGACGGGAUGAUGAGUCGAUGGACAGAGAGUUUUGCUUGAAGAAGGAUAAUGAUAAGAGAAAUCCUCUUCAUCAUGCAGUCAUUAAAGGUAGUGUAGAGGUGGUGAGCAAACUGCUUGAAGCUUGUCCGGAGUCUGCUCUAGAGGUGACUGCUCAGAAGGAGACAAUAUUUCACCUGGCUGUGAAGCAUAGAGUAUCUGUCUCUGGUGAAUUAUUCUCACAACUACUCGGCGGACCAUAUACGGAGCAUCUCCUGAAUUUUGGUGACAAAAAAGGCAACACAGUGUUGCACUUGGCCUCGGUCAGGAAACAAACACAGAUAAUUAGGCUCUUGACUGGGUGGCGGCCAAACUUAGACGCCAACGCUGUCAACUCAGCGGGGCUUACACAGCCUAGCUUAGAUGCUAAGGCUGUGAAUUCAACUGGGAUUACACGGCCUCGCUUAGAUGUGAACGCUGUAAACUCAACUGGGCUUACGCCUUUGGAUCUUCUAGUGGUUGACCCCAUGAAUGUCACGGAUAUGGAAAUAGAAGGAAUCAUUACAUCUAAAGGUGGAAUAAGGCUAAACGAGAGUGAGGAACAGCGUGAAUAUUUGAAAAGCAUCGCAAGCUGGAUUUUGGUGAUGGCAUCAGUAACUGCGGCUGCUAGUUGCCAGAUUGCUGUCUUCCUAAAAGGGGGUUUCUGGCAAAACUCCUCCCCAGUCUCAGGUGGCAAUGUAACUUUAAUUUCCAACUCAACUAAUUUCUGGGCGUACACUUCUCCAAGUGCCAAUUCUAGUUCAAUUGUUUCCAACACCACAACUGCCAUACAGAAGGCCGACAAUACAAAAGUUCUCCACAAUCAACAUGGUAAAACUGAACCAGCUUCACUUCCUUAUUUGUUGGCGUCCCUGGACGGAGCAGCCUUUCUGUUAUCUAUUUGUCUCAUAGUACUUGUGCUGUUCCCGACAUCUACCAAUAAAUCUAACCUUGUCAAAUGGCUAUUUUUACGGUAUCUGACUUACGGAAGCACGGUAUCACUCGGUUUCUUAUUUUGGCAACUGGUGACAGCUGAAGAGGAUUUGGCAUUUCAAAAUAUUUUAUCUGGGAUUUUUCUGGUUUUUUUAUUAGUUAUUGUCAUAUUAAUUGCAAUUCCGCUUUUCAAAAUUUAUUUCAGUUAUCGCAGGAUUCGUAGGAAAGAGAUGAGUAUGAGGAGGAUGCAGUUUCAGCAUAGGGAGAAAAAUUUACUAGUAUCUGGUCCAUGUGAAUUCAAGUUAAACUAAAUAAUUUUAUAUAGGUGUAUUUAAUAUUUUCCAGAGCUAUUUCAUGUCUUUUUAAUUUGUGGAAAUCAGAAAUUGAAGGAGGUCAAAGGAGUUUGUGGGGUUCUCUUCAA